CCCCUCCCGGCCGCCGCGCCGGCUCCCGCCUCCUUCCCUCUCCGCUCGCUCCCGCCUCCUUUCCUUUCCGCUGCUGAGGCGGCGGGAGCCGAGCCGAGCGGACCGAGCCGUGGCCGCAGCCGGCGGCGGGCGCAGAGAAGGAGGCGGCGGCGGCGGCGGGGCGGGCCGCGGGCGGGCAGUCAGGCGGCGGCGGCGAUGCGGCGGCCCCGCUGAGCCCCCCAGCUCCGGGCGCCGGGGGCCGGCCGUGCGAGGUGGCCCGGGCCGCCGGCAGCAUGCGGAGCGGCGAGGAGCUGGACGGCUUCGAGGGCGAGGCCUCGAGCACCUCCAUGAUCUCGGGCGCCAGCAGCCCGUACCAGCCCACCACCGAGCCGGUGAGCCAGCGCCGCGGGCUGGCCGGCCUGCGCUGCGACCCCGACUACCUGCGCGGCGCGUUCGGCUGCCUCAAGGUCGCCCAAGUGAUCUUGGCCCUGAUUGCGUUCAUCUGCAUAGAGACCAUCAUGGAAUGCUCCCCGUGUGAAGGCCUCUACUUUUUUGAGUUUGUGAGCUGCAGUGCGUUUGUGGUGACCGGGGUCUUGCUGAUUCUGUUCAGUCUCAACCUUCACAUGAGGAUCCCCCAGAUCAACUGGAACCUGACGGAUUUGGUCAACACUGGACUCAGCACUUUCUUUUUCUUUAUUGCUUCCAUUGUACUGGCUGCUUUAAACCACAAAGCUGGAGCAGAAAUUGCUGCCGUGAUAUUUGGCUUCUUGGCAACAGCGGUGUAUGCGGUGAACACAUUCCUGGCCGUGCAGAAAUGGAGAGUCAGCAUCCACCAGCAGAGCGCCAAUGACUACAUCCGAGCCCGCACUGAGUCCCGGGACGUGGAUGGGCGCCCGGAGAUCCAGCGCCUGGACACAUGAGGGCCCAGCAGGGUCCUCCCUCAUCCUCGUGCCCGUCCUUUCAAUCAAGUUUUCUUUCCCUCGUCACGACAGAUUCUCAUGUGUUUAAGCUGAAUUUUGUCCUCUUUGGUAAAGUUCAUUUUGGGAAAGGUCCCCCGCCCCCCCCAGAGUGGCCCUGUUAGCAGGUAUGUGAGGCCGAGAGCCCCUGCACCCUGCUGUGUAGACAGAAGUGGGUGGGAGAGACCUACGGGUUCUCCAGCGUUUGGUGGCCGUGGGAGCAGCCGGCCUCCCUGGCUGCCAUGUCCACUUUAGGUCUUCACCGGCCCUGAGCACAGGCUUCCUCCCCAUCUGACUGAGCCACCCUAUCAUACGCAUUUGUGACAAGUCAAGACUUUGGAUUAAAUGGGGGCCGCCACGAGGGGGGAAGUCAAGGAAGGAAGGUACAAGGUUGGAACAGUCUGUCAGCAGUGAUUCCUGGGCAGCCCCCAUAGUGCGCUCCAUCAGCGUUAGUCUUGCUGCCAGGAUCCCCCCUACUGCCUGUCUUCCAUGCCCCGGGCGUUGAGACAGCCAGCACAGGCCCGGCAGCCACGCGUGGCACUGAGGGUUUCAGUGAGGGGUAUGCUGGUGGAGCUCUGGGCUGGGGCUGGACUUUCUGGGGGUGGUCAAAGCUGGUGUCCCCUUGGGACAGCUCACAGGACUGUUGACAUGCAGGAGGGUUACCUUUCACUUCCCACCUGCUGAGAAAACACUCGAUUCUUGCUCAAAUGAAUCACCUCCCUGAAUCCCAGAUUCUCCUCCAGGAAUAUGGGGACCAUCUUGUUUUUCGCUCUCCUGACUACCCUUAAUGCUUUGAGGCUGCAUUGCAGAUUUCCUAUCAUUUUACCUCCGCAGGUAAAAUUCAGGAAAGAAACGCAGUCCAUCCCGCCAGCCAGACACUUGCCCGUUUGGACCGCAGGUGGGGACACCCCUCUGUUUUAGAUACGUGCUCGCUUCAAUGACCUGAGAAGAGCUCUAAAGUGAUUCUGUGUAGACUUGUCUAGGAUUCGAAAAUACUUGAAUUUGCACCAUGACAUCCUUCCAUUGAUAUUUGAGAAGCAUGAACGAAUUGAAGCUUUUCAGGGUCCUAACUAUGAACAUCCAUCUUGGAGGUUGUUGGGAAGAAAUCUAGGUCUGUCAGAUUUUUGAACUGAUUCUUGAUAAAGUGAAGAUUAUUGUGGUGAAGGAGUUAAAUGAGCCCCUCUGUUGCUGUAGUGUUGUUGUCUUUUUCUUCCUGUUGGAGAUUAAUUGUAUCUUUUAUGGGAAAAUUGUUUUAACUUGUCAGGUUUUCACUCUGAGCUGUUUUUAAUGUUUACAAACCUCACUCUAGCUCUAAUGUUUUGUGAUUAGCUCUCACCAAGGAAAAAACAGUUACUGCUGGUGGGAAAGUGGGAAGAUCUCGCAGUAACUCGGAGAACCCCCAGGAGCUUGUGCUAGCGAGCGAUCCCAGCCUUGGCAGCGUUCUGUGUGAUGAGAGAGAGAACAGGGAUAUGUCUUUGGGGGUGGCGGGAGGAGAGCGUGCGUGGGAAAGCGUCUGUGCGUGUGUGGCAUUGCAUUCUUCAUAAAGAGCAGCGUUGGGGGAUUGAUCAGGUGGCUGGGGAUGCCUAGGAAAUGGUACUAUGCUGUCUCUGAGGGGGCGGGGUUAGGGGUUAGCUCCCUGAACUGAACACUCGGUACAAUCUGAGUUCUGCUGCAGUUCCUGCCAUGGGCACCGGCCCAGGUCACAUGUGCAAGCCCCUUGUCUGCUUCAGGGGCCAUGGCUGCGGGUGCAGACCCAGCUGGUCUGGGCGUAACUCACCUCCCUCUGCUCCCCCAGAGGGCAGCCAGGCCUGGUCACAGCGGGGUGUGCUGCCCAGAGGGUCUGAUGGAGCCCUCUCUCCGUGUCUGUCCUGGGGCAGUACAGGUCACGCUUCACAAACUUUGAACCUAUUCUAUAUAGUGAUUUUUUGAGGCGAUUCUAACAUCUGGAUUUUAUCUGUUCAUUUUAUGUAUUUAUUUUGCAUUUUUGAGUGUGUAUGCCUAAUCAAAAUUGGGCUUAUCUCACUCUGCGAGUUCCAUUUAAAAAGGGGGUCACAAAGACUCGGCCUGGCAUUAAAUGGGGCCCACUUGGAAGGACCACCCUGUACUUUAUCAGAAAUCUCCUGCCGGGAAUCAUGUUACUUGGCCUCAAUAAAAAGCCGCCUUUGAAGUGAGAUUGAAGAAAAGAAUACCAUUCAGGCAGGAUUGCUGCCCAAGUUUUCCCAAGUCACUUGCAUGGGACCAGUUUACCGUCCGGGGAAAGGAGCCUCCUGGCCUCCUGGGCUGUGCUGUCGGCUACAAGAAACCGAUCUGCAGCCACGGACACUGUGACGGCUGACGAUGAGGAAGAGUGAUGACACCGAGCACCCCCGAGCGACUUAGGAGUUAAUGUGCAUCUUAGUGUUAGAAUCUUUGGAAUAAUUUAUGUCCCUGUAACUAUUUAAUAUCCUUUGUGCCAUGAGGCUCUCCCAUGGAGUUUGUAAAUAUAUUUCUUUCUAUUUAAUGAGCUCUCUAGCUGGUGUGAUGCACCGCCAUCCAUCUCGUCACCCGUGGCAGUGUGGUGGUGAGAAGGUGUGAAGGGCGUGUGCUUGUCCAGGUGGAUGUAAAGACACCGCGUUCUUCUUACGUUGCCUCUGUCCAAACAAGACCAUCUAGAUUUCGGGGGGCCUGUGGCACUUCUUUUUUUGGCAAAUUAAAGGAAGCGUGUUUUUGCAUUUAAUAGUUCCAAUGUGGGUCACUGUCAGUUUGUUUUGGGGUAUUUUCAGACUGAGGCAAUCUUAGUGUUUCUCAAUUUUCUGGUGGGAUGAUAAUGGCUUUCAUGGUCUGUGCCAAACCUGAAGAGAGCUACAGUUGCUUUGUGCAUUUGAAUUUGUUCCUAGCAACUGUAUGGUUGAAACCCUCAAGCAUUUGGUGGUUUUAGAUGGAUGCAAACACUGACGUCUUCAGAGAAAGUUUAUCUUGGCUCGGAUUUGGUGGAUGUGUUAUUUUUUCUCUCUGAUUCUCCUUUAUCUUCCCUUAAUACUGAAUGAAGGCCUGAAAGGAAAUACCUUCUCCCUUUCAUACAGAGAGAUUGCAAUCAUGAAAGCGCAAAGGCACUUGGCCCCAUAUAUAGCUGGGGAAGGACCAAGGCAUUUAUAGGUUAAAAUCUCAUAAGAACCCGGCAUGCAUGGCUCAGUGGUUGAGCAUCAGCCUAUGAACUAGGAGGUCUCGGGUUCGAUUCCCGGUCAGGGUACAUGCCUGGGUUUCGGGCUCAGUCCCCAGUGUGGGGGCUGUGCAGAAGGCAGCCAGUCAAUGAUUCUCUCUCAUCGUUGAUGUUUCUAUCUCUCUCUCCCUCUCCCUUUCUCUCUGAAAUCAAUAAAAAUAUAUUUGAGAGAUUACCUCUGCCUAGAGAAAGGCAAGAAUGUAGUAGCCUGCCCAGUCCCAAUAUUUAUCCAUGUCUUCCUUGGCAACCUGAACUGAAGGGCCGGCAUCAGAGAGCCCAGCCUGGCCACAGGGAAGCCAGCGAGGGCCCGGCGUGGCUCUGAGGGCUUGGCUUGGGGAGGUGGACAACACUCAUGGCCCUUUGGGUACCAUUACUGUCCCCUAGUAGGAACGCUUAAGUCCCUGGGUGGGUAUGGAGUGUAUCUGACCUCCACCCUGUGCUGGAAGGCUUCUGAUGAGAGCUUUGUGACUCAGUUGAAACAUUCCGACUCUUUUCUUAUUUCAUUUCUUACCUGAGGAUAUGUUUUCCAUUGAUUUUAGAGAAACAUCGAUGCGAGAGAAACAUCCAUACACACCCGGACCGGGGAUAGAACCCGCAACCUGGUAUGUGCCCUGACCGGGAAUUGAACCCGCCAACCUUUGGUGUACGGCACAUCACUCCAACCAAUUGAGCCACACCAGCCAGGGCAUUCCUACCUUUUUAAAGCAGGCAGCUUCAUCUACCUUCUUGAAGGUUUCUUUAAUUCAGACUUGGGGUUAAGCCAUAGCUGGUCUUGGAGGAGAGGAGGCAGUCUUCUGUCUGCAUGUGUCUGUGAAUUCUGCCUGCAAUGAGUGCGCCUUGAGUGUCCUCCCCCCUCCCCCACCCCGCCCCCCUCUUGUCGUGUCCUGUGUGUGGCCCAGCCUCACCCUUCCUUACAGGCACCCGCGCUGAUUGGGAAGAACCCUCUCCGUGUGUUUAAGGGGCGGGCCGGGGUCUAACGUCCGGCUGUGUGAGAUUUCCUGUGGGUGGUUCUUAGAAUCCAUCCUAACGGGUGAGCAGGGUGUGGAGACACACGUGGCUAACAGUGACUCUGGGAGGCAGUGGCAGCUUAUGUGGUUCCAGGGGGGCCAUCCCUGUUCACAACAAAGCAGCAGGAAGUCGCUGUGCGAUGGCCUGGUUCUCAUUUUCUCCAUAUCUCAUUUAUAGGGAAAUGACGGCAUUGAACAGGUAGUAAAAGGCACAAACACUUUCUAGGGUGAGGGCUGCUGCCGAUUGAUUCUCGUGAGCAAAUGAGGUCUCCAGCCACUUUUUUAUUUCUCAGCGAAGUUUGCAGAACCCAGGGCUCUCUCUUCCCCACGUCUUGCUUGUUUUAUCAGCACCCACUUUGAGGACCAGAAGGGUGAGAGGCUGGUGAGGUGGGAGCUGGGGCAGGUCUGAGAGGUGAGGGGAGGGGGCCCCUUCGGCCAGGCUCUGUCUGCUGUGGGGCUGUUGAUAACACUAGACUGGUGACCGACCCAAGAAGUCUUGAAAAGAUGGACUUGCUUAGCUACCUUCCUCUCCCCUUGUCUUCGGGAAAGCGAGGCCUUGAGUUCUGGAAUCAGCUUGAGAGCCAGAGCUGGACGUAGGGCCCAUGUGCCUUGGUGCCCGGAGGGGCUCUGGGUGGUGUUUGGGAACUCGCAGGUCUGGCAGGGUGACUUGGAUUCUGGUUUCGGUGCCACCUUAGAGCGGACUCAGACCGAACACUGCCUUGUAAGCUUCCCAGCUCUUUACAAAACCGCGUGCUUUUUCUCUUAUCAGAUAGUGCUGAAAUCAUAAGAACGGUCUGGUUGAGAAGGUAAUCUGAAAUAUUUGGACCUUUACAUUUCUUUCAUUUCGAAACUGUCUCUGAAAGAAAAUACCCUCACAUUCUGUUAGAUCUAGAACUGUAUUCUGAAAGCAAAUGUUCUGUUUGACUUGUUCUCACACCAGUGAAUGGCACUUAUCCCCCCCGGCCUGAAACAGAGCAGUGGGCCCGGUAGAUUUUCCCUUUUUUGGUCUAGUCUAUAUUCUUACUCCAUUUAGAUAUAAUUUCUCAAUCUGGGUGAUGUUUUUUUCUAGUUUACCUUAUUCCAUAGGCAUAAGAGUAAAGAAAAGUUACCCACAAGCCCACUAAGUUUGAAUGAAUCAAUGGCAGUUUGCCUAGAAUAAAGUUUAUAUUAUGGAUCCUUGAUUAGUCUGUCUUUUUCAUAGGGUUAGUUUGUUGUCUACUUUUUGUUGUUAUUAAUCUUCAGUUGAGGAUAUUUUUUCCCCCCAUUGAUUUUUAGAGAGAGUGGAAGGGAGGGGGAGAGACACAGAGAGAGAAACAUCGAUGUAAGAGAGACACAUCGAUUGGUUGCCCCCUGCACGUGCCUGACCAGGGCCAGGGAUUGAGUCUGCAACCGAGGUAUGUGCCUUUGACAGGAAUCAAACCCGAGACCCUUCCGUCUGCGGGCCGAUGCUCUAUCCACUGAGCAAAAUUGUCUACAUUUUUGAUGCCAAGACUUUAGUUCAGACACCCCGGAGUGGUUUGGGCUGCAUUACACUCACAGGCUGGGGGCCUUCAUUAAGGGUUAAUAGCCUGGGCUCUAGUGAGCUAUCAGCACUUGUAUGGUUCUCAGCUAGCGGAGGAAAUUGUCUCAGAUGACCUUUGUUGGUGGGAUUAGUGUGAGGCCCAAAGCUUCUUUUCCUACGUGUGCCUCGGAGGAGAGAAGGUGUGACAUAGUUGAUUCCGUAAUAAUCUGAAACCCAGUAGGAAGCACCUCCUUUUAUUAGAAAAGCCACUGAAGGGAAGGCCAGGCGGUAAGGCCUGUGUGGGGACCUGGUGCCCAUGCCAGGCAGGGCCAGGUCUCGCUGGGGCUGCCUCCCUCUGUGGGCCAUUUUGCUUCCCUGCCUUUUCCAGAAUCGAUUUGCAAGUUUCAAGAUUCUGUUCCCAUCUCUGCAGAAGUGAGGCAGGCGAAUGUUCGGGGUUUGAAGGGAGAACUGGCUGGCCCACGGGCUGGGGAGGCUGACUCUGAGGACAGGAUGCCUGGCAGGCCCCCCAAGCUGGCCCAGCCCCUCAGAGGGGCCACCUGCUUCCAACUCUUUGACCCCAUAAACCCACUUAAAAAUGCGUCUUCAGAUCCUGUCUCACAAUGAAAUGGCGUGUGCGGAUAAAGCCAGUGCUUUUCAUAACCUGAUUUUUGAUGUGGUUUCCUCUAAGAGAACGCUAGGGAUCGAAACUAUUUGUAUAUGUUGCAAUUUGUAGGGGUUCAGGAACCCAUGGCAAAAACACUUAACUAAUUUAUUACAGGUAUGACUGUCCCCACCCCGCCCCCCCAGGCAGGCAGUUCUGUCUUUGUAUAUUUUAAGACAAAUAAUAAUCACUUCACCUUGGUGCCUUCCGUGUGUCGGUCACGUAAACACUUGUUAAUCAUGGAAUUGAAAGAAAGAUGUACAUUUAGUUAAACCAGAUAACACUAUUUUUGUAGCAUGAUUUUAGAUUGUGUCCUUUUAAUGUUGCUUUCAGCAGUGCUGGUUUUGCGGUUGGCCAUUUUCCCCGUAAACUUCCUAUGUUUUUAAAAAGGAAAAGACAAAAACCACCCCUGGUUGUUCCUAGCUCCCCUCUGCUGCUCCGUCCCCCAUGUCUUGUUUCCGCUUAUUUAAACAGUCUGAGAGUAAGAGUAUAUUUCUGUGAAAUAAUUCUUAAUCAGCAUAUCUGCAUUGGGCAUUUUUUAAACCCCUUGUUCAGUCGAGGGAGCCACUGCUCACCCGGUGAGAGGAACGCGGUUCCACUGGAAAAGAACAGAACAGCACAGCAUUCUCGGUGCUCUGACUUCCCUUCUCUGGGGCUAAGCCGCGAAAAGGCCCGUUGUCCGGGGCUAGUGAGCCAGGGGGUGUUUGCCGGCCUGGCUUUGCUGCUUGCAUCUGCGGGACCCGCCCCCCCUCCAUCCCCACCCCUGCUGGUCCCGGGCUCACCUUCCACUGGAUCUGAUUGGUUGGUGGACCUGGGUAGGCUCGAGGCCCUGUGGGGUUUGGGGCCUGAACAAAACAGAUUCCCUGCUCUGAGGAGCUUGAUGACAUCACUACAGGAUCGCACUCUAGAUGCCCCCUCCUGCUGCCCCACCCCCGCAGGACACGAAAAAUCUUGAGGAAACUAGCUGAGCCGUUGCAACAUGAAGGAAUGGAUUUACUGAAACAAAACUGUAGCUUUUUUGUCCUUUCUGAAGGGCCAGAAUAUGUAAUUUUUUUCUAACAAAGGAAGUCAAGUCAGGUGGCUGGUACUCUAGGUGAUCACUCAUUGGCACUUGGCCCAGAGGUUCUUUGGGGGAGUCAGGUUAAUUUAAUAACCGUUACACUUUCCUUCGCAAACGCCUAUUUCCUUUAACAGUUUAGACACAGCUGGGGGGUGUUCUGAGGUGAUCCCAUGUGGUAAACUUUGGUUUAUGCUGUUGGCUGGUCAGAGCUCCCACCCUGGCUUCUCAACCGACCCGGGCACCCUGGGGUGGGCACCCCCGCUCUGACCGGCUCUGGGGCUGGACUCUGCCCACUUGGAGUGGUUUGGGGCCCCAAAGCCUUGGCUCCUGUUGGUUUGUCCCAGCAGCAGACAAAGCCUCACAUUGCCCUCAGUCCCCCCUUUUUCUUUUGAAGGACCAAUUUUUCAUGGUACUUGUCCUGAUUGUUUUCAUAGUGUUCAAGUCUGUAUUUUUGUAUGUAGAGGGAAAUAAUUUUCUCAACACUAACCGCUAAUAUUGUAUUAAAUUGUCAUGAAGGAGUUCUUGUUUAAUAAACGGACAUGUAAAAAUGG